GAUAGAUUGGCAAAAAGCGCAGGUCGAUCCCCGCUCAGCGAAGGCAUCACGUGACGACGUGUCGUUCGGGUUUAGCGUAACACGUCGUCUAGCUGGUGAUGCGGAUCGCGAUUUCCUCACACGGUAAUUGAUGCAUGGCCGAAGUGACUUGAGCAAUGACAACAACCGUCUCAGAAGAGGCAGUUCUAACCAAACCCAUUCCGGCUUUCUAUUGCUGCUAUCUACUCCGCUCUGCGAAAAGACCUAGCGCCCUCUACAUCGGCUCAACGCCAGAUCCAGCGCGACGUCUAGAGCAGCAUAAUGGGUUUGCAAAAGGCGGCGCAAAGAGGACGGAGCGCAAUACCUUGAGGCCGUGGGAGAUGGUGGCCAUUGUAGAGGGCUUCCCGAGCCGGACUGGCGCGUUGCAAUUCGAGUGGUCAUGGCAGCAUGUACACACAACCCGUCACAUAGGUGCUGUAGAAACCGACCAACUGAAUCGAAAGCGCAAGAACCCUCCCACGGACAAGGGCUCUGGCAUAUGGACCUCCACGCCAAAGGUACUGGGCAAUUUACACCAGUUGUUACGUUCUACCUACUUCGGAACAUGGCCCCUGACCGUGCGAUUUCUGUCAAGUGAAGCGCAUAAUCACUGGCAACGUUGGAUAGAACGUGCAGACGGGUUGCUUCCCGAUACCAUACGCGUCAAACUCGACUUCCGUGCUGAGGGUGCCAGUGUGCUGGACUCCAACCUGCCAGCGAACGACAUGACCCAUAUUGAUGCAACGUAUGGUGGCAUUCAAGAACACCUGGCAAAAUCCACGUCUCUCUUGGGCGAUAAUACUAAUUCAUUAUCAUGUGAGGUAUGUCAGCAGCAGUUAUCUACACAGACUGAAAUCAUUGUGGUUUGUUCACACCGCCGUUGCCACGCCGUGUUCCAUGUCAAUUGUAUAUCCCAGCUUUUCCUGGAAGACGAAGGAAGCUCUGGAUUGGUCCCGAUCCUUGGAGAAUGCCCAGCUUGCAGGCAAGAAGUUACAUGGGUAGAAUUGAUGAAAGAACUGAGUAUGCGGCUACACGGAGGGAAAAACGCUACAAAGUUACUGAAAGGGGAGCGCAAAGACAAGGCAAAUACCCAAGGCACGAAAUCAUCCAAAGGAGGUAAAAAACCGGCGAAAACAGGUGACUAUACGCUUGAUGGUGACUAUGAAGAUCUCGACGAGGAUUGGAUGAAUGCUGUGAACGUCGAGCCUAGCUCAGAGGACGGUGAUCGUAACGCUGCAAAUGUCAAAGGCUCGACAGGACGAGUCGAGAUAGUGAUUGACGACAGCGAGGAAGAUGGCUUUGACUGA